GUACCGAAAUGAAACUACUCGGCGGAGAAAGUGAGAGCCGACGUAGCGGACGGGCUGGGUAACGGCGAGCAGGCGACCGGGGCCCCUCGAGACGAGAGGAUAGACAUGGUGCAGGCCCUCCAUCGUGUGGAUCUUCCUUCCUCCUCGGAAGGAUCCUCGGCCAGAUCGUGAUCAAUCAAAAAGUGGAGAGAAAAGAACAAAAGUGGGAGGAAAACGAGCCAAGUUGGGAAAAAAAGUGAAUCGUCCAAUUUUUACGUGUUUGUUUCUUUUUUCUCUCCCUUCCCUCUCUCCCUCUCGAACGAACCAACUCGAAAAGUUCGGCUUUCGUCGUUGGAAGAAGAAAGAAAGAAAAGAAAAAGAAAGAAGAAAGAAGAAAGUGUGAAGAUGUAGAUACCGGUGCGAAGAAGCAUGAAGCCGAUAUUCUUGGGUGACCGUGGUGGAAUGUCGGGACGGUCUUAGGUUCUCUUUUCUUAGGUCUUAGGUCGAUUCUGUAUAGGGAAUAUAAUCGCGAUAAAUAGAUGAAGGGUGUCGCGAUAUAUCAGUGAGAAGGAUUGUGUUAUGGUGGUGAGGACCGUUCAGGAUAGACGUGGAAGAAAAAGAGGAAGAAGAAGAAGAAGAGGAAGAAGAAGAAGAGGAAGAGAGGGUGGAGCGGGUUUCUUUUGAGGAACCGCUUCUUGGAAGAGAGAGAAGAAAGGAAGAAGAGCGAAGAAGACGGAGGAACGAGAUCGGGCUUGAUUUGACAGAUUGCAGCCAAAUGAUGGAUGCAGCCAGAUCGUGCCAAUGGAUACUAAUAGGAAUACUCCUCGUCAUCUCGUCGAAUCGCGCCACCGGUCGUGCCGGAUCGAUAUCGGGAUCGAGCCUUGGCAAGUCGAAGACGAUCUUCAAUCCCGGCUACACGGAGGGACGUAGCAACGAGGGGAAUCGAACCGAGUUAACCCUCAAUUCGCCUCGCAGACGCCGAUACGUCCGGUUUCCAACCGGCCCCGCCGGUUAUCUGUUCGAGGGUGGCGGUCCCCCCGUAGGGAGGAACAUCGGUCUGCACCCUGGAGUACGUUUCCCGUCGUGGAGGCAGCACAAAUCGGUCUGGAGGAGUCCCAUCUCGGAUUACAACAGGCCUGUGAUGGGCCAUCGAACGCCACGCUUGAUAUUCCGCGACAAUGACUUUCCACCCCCGGUGGGCGGCAGCGCGCCCUCCUCCUUCUUCCAACAGUCCAACCACUUGCCGGAUUUCGAGGAUGACGCGAGAGAUCAUCGAAAGCAAACGCUCGACGAUUAUCCUAGGUUAGAGUCAGAGCCGCGUCAACAAAAAAGACCGCUGUGGAAGGGUGACGAUACGUUGUGCGGUGACGGACGAAGCUGCGAAUUUUUUCUAAUGUGCUGGAUGUCCGCUGGCCUUUUGGACGGCAGUUGCGGCGGUAUCAUGUUCGCUUGUUGUCAGAGGAGAGAGCCGAAAGGCAGCUCCUCCGAUUAUAACCUGAUUGAGGCACCUAGAGAUCAGUCUCAGCCGCUUUCGUUGGAUACUUACACGGAGACAGUCAACGACGAUCGCUGCGGAAUACCUGCCUCGAAGCAGACCGCGCAGAGAAGGAUCGUGGGAGGCGACGACGCGGGGUUCGGCAGUUUUCCAUGGCAGGCGUACAUACGAAUCGGAUCGAGCCGAUGCGGGGGCACCCUGGUUAAUCGUUUCCACGUCGUGACAGCCGGCCACUGCGUAGCCAAGGCGUCCGCGCGUCAAGUCCAGGUGACCCUCGGCGAUUACGUCGUCAACUCGGCCAGCGAGACGCUGCCCGCUUACACGUUCGGGGUCAGGGAGAUACGCGUUCAUCCUUACUUCAAGUUCACGCCUCAGGCCGACAGAUUCGACGUGGCCGUUCUUAGAUUGGAUCGACCGGUACAUUACAUGCCCCACAUAGCGCCCAUUUGUUUGCCCGAGAAGAACGAGGAUUUCUUGGGCCAGUACGGUUGGGCCGCUGGAUGGGGCGCUUUGCAGGCUGGAUCGAGGCUACGGCCCAAGACCCUCCAAGCUGUGGACGUGCCCGUGAUAGACAAUCGAAUAUGCGAGAGGUGGCACCGAUCCAAUGGGAUCAACGUGGUGAUUUACGACGAGAUGAUGUGCGCUGGUUACCGCGGAGGAGGGAAGGACUCGUGCCAAGGCGACAGCGGUGGGCCAUUGAUGCUGGAGAAGACGGGGCGAUGGUACUUGAUAGGCAUCGUCUCGGCCGGUUACUCGUGCGCGCAGCCCGGCCAGCCAGGGAUCUAUCAUCGCGUUGCGAAAACGGUCGACUGGAUAACGUACGUCAUCAACUCGUAGCGGGGCGAAAAACAGCGGGAUAAUCGAAAGGGAUAGAGAAUAAAUAAAUUCUCUCUGUAAAAGCUUUGCAUGAAACAAAGUUUACAAAACAAAAGUUUUACCACCGAGCAAUGUGCGCCGUAGUAAGUAACUUGGAUUCGAGAACAACAACUGUGAACAGAUUGCGAUUAAAAGUCAGGGGGCAGAGCAUUUGAUCGAAGCAUUUUUCGAAAGGACUCGUUUUCUUUUGUUCGUCGUGCGAUCCAACGUAUAAUAUUUUCCUCGAAAAAACGAACGAAACGAAAGGCCGUGUUACGAUAACUCGUGUAACUCGUGUAAAGUUUCUUCUUAAAACAACCGAUUUAAUUCGAGUCCUUUGCGGCAAGAAUAUAUAUCUUAUAUUUCGGCGAUGAUGAAAUUGUAUCAUGUUUGUAAAUUAAGCGCGCGUGAAUUCGCGCUUAAUAAAACGUUUCGUUUUCAUUUUGUCUUCUUGUCAUUCUUGAGGAAGGGAGGGAAGGGUGUAUAUAACAGAAAGAAGAAAAUCUUUACAUUAAAAACAUAUUUUGUUAUUCGACAACCGAUAUAACUCAACGCAAGCAUAAUAAUACGUUGCUUUAAUAGCAGGGCAACGCUUUUUUUUUCCUUUUUUUUUUUUCUUUUUUUCUUUUUUUUUUUUUUUUAAAUUUUAAGUAUUUAAUUUUAAGUGAUUUUUUCAUCGCGUAUAAUAAGUACACAUUUAUCUCUCGUUUAUUCGUUUCAACGAUAAGCAAUCCGUGGCAACGGGUGUCAAAACUUCUGCGUUGCAGGAUCGUAGGAGGCGUCGACGAGGUUCGAUUAAGUAAGAUAAUCUUGGGAUAAACUACGAUAUAGUUCUUCAUGUUUCCACACACACCAACAAAAAAAGAAUUACGCUAUG